AUGCAGUUGACGGAUAAAAAGAAAAAUUCUGAUGGUGAAAAAAUGCAAGAAAACGACCAUGUGAUAAUUGUUGACGAUGAAGAUGAUGGUAAGAACGCAACAGCUACUACUCCAGUUAAAGCUAAGAAAUCAAAGAAAAAACACGAUCAUAAAAUUAAAAACAUUGACGUGGCUGACACAACGACUACCACACCGACAAUUACUAAAACUAAAGAUCCAGAUACUAAUGACAUCAGAACUGCUGGUGAAAGUGGCAAGAAAAAAUCUAAAAAACGUAAAAAUGAAGAGACAGAAAAUAAUAAUAUAGAAAAUGAAAAAAUAAGAACAGGUGAGGUUGAAAAUGGUGAACCAAAGACAAAAAAGGCCAAAAAUUCUAAAUCUUCUGUGAAUAAUGUUGAAAAUGGUGAUGGGGAAAACAAGGGCAUAGAGAAGAUAGGUGAUAAUGAAAGUAAUGAACUCAAUGAAAAAACAAAGAAGAAAAAAAAGAGAACAAAAAGUGAGGAAAUUAAUAGAAAAGUUGAAGAGUGUAGUGAAAAACUUCCUAAAUCUAAAAAAGAAAAUUCAUCAGAAAAUGAUAAAACAGUUAAGAAGACCAGUGUUAAUGUCAAAAAGUUUGUUGAAGAACAAAAACAGGAAACAAAAAAUCAUGAUGAAAAGGAUGAUGACGAUGAAAGUGAUGAUGAUGAUAAUGAUCUUGGCUCUUUUAAAAGAUAUUCUCUUUCCAGUUUUGUGGUAGAGAAGUUGAAAGAGCAAGGAAUAAAAAAGUUAUUCCCAGUGCAAUAUGAAUCAUUUAAUGAUAUAAUGUCUGGUGCAGAUGUCAUUCUUCAGUCAAGAACUGGCUCUGGGAAGACUUUUUCAUUUGCAAUACCACUGAUAGAGAUGUUGCAUGCAUCCCAACUGCAAGCUGAUCCAAGUGCCAGAUUAAGCGGGAGAGCACCCCAGGUCUUAGUGUUAGCACCGACACGAGAGCUAACAAAACAAGUGGCUGAUAGUAUAUCUAGCAUAUCCAAUGAUAUGGUAUCAGUGCUCUGUGUGUAUGGGGGCACACCUGUUUACCCACAGGAACGUGCCCUGCAGAAUGGGGUGGAUAUUUUAGUGGGCACACCGGGGCGGAUCCAAGAUUUGAUUGACAGGGGUGUCUGUGAUCUCUCAUCCCUGAAACACGUGGUGCUGGAUGAGGUGGAUAGAAUGCUUGAUAUGGGCUUCGCUGAUGACGUUGAUAGGAUACUACAGUAUAGAUAUUGUUCAGAUGGUAGCAGAGAGAACCCACAGACUCUUUUUUUCUCUGCCACACUACCUUCCUGGGUACAGCAAACAGCAUCCAAGUAUUUGAACAAUGCUGUGAAACGUAUCAACCUCAUUGGGCAUGGUGAUAACAAAACAUCGAAAACUGUACAGCACCUUGCCAUCCGAUGCAGCUACCAGGACCGAGCAGCUACCAUCAACAGCGUGGUUCGCGUCUACAGUGGCAACCAGGGACGGGCCAUGAUUUUCUGCAAGACCAAAAAAGAUGCGGAUGAACUGGCUCUCAGUAGUGAACUGACAGUUGAUGCGCAUGUCAUUCAUGGAGAUGUACCUCAGGAGAAGAGGGAGAUGGUUCUCAAGUGUUUCCGUGAUGGGAAGUACAGGUGCUUGAUAGCAACUGACGUGGCUGCUCGUGGCCUUGACAUUCCCGAAGUUGAUCUCGUCAUUCAAUGUUCACCGCCAAAGGAUGUCGAGUCUUACAUACACAGGUCGGGUCGUACGGGUAGAGCAGGUAGACAAGGGACAUGCGUGCUGUUCUUCAAAAGAGAAGAGGAAAGAGAGUUGAGAAUGGUCGAACAGAGAGCCAACAUAAAGUUGAAGAUAGUGGGACCACCGACGCCAGCCGACAUCAUGAGAGCUGCAGCCGAAGAUGCGGCAAGAGUGAUGGCGUCAGUUUCAAAGGAGGCAUCUAACCAGUUUGCAGACCUGGCACAGAGGUUGAUCGACGAGAGGGGGGCUGUGACCAGCCUAUCUGAGGCACUGGCCAUCAUAUCAGGCAAUCAGGAGAUCAAGCAGAGGUCACUGCUCUCAUCCAGAGAGGGAAUGGUAACAUUUUUGUACCGAACGAGUGGCGAAGAGAUACGCUACAUGUCAUAUGUGUGGAAUGCUCUGGGAAAGUGCAUCAAUCAAGAUAUGAAAGAAGCCAUAAAUGGCAUGAGGUUCUGUAAGGAUAGGAUGGGUGUGGCAUUCGACAUAGCCGCUGACAAGGCUAGUCAACUGGAAUCCUUAUGGGUUGAUGGAAAGCAUGAUACCCUAAAAAGGACUGAAACACUGCCAGAACUUGAACAAGCACCAGACUAUGGAAACCGGGGUAGCCAUGGAAGAGGGUGGGGACGAUUUGGAAGUGGAGCUGGUAGAGGCAGAGGAGGAUAUAGGAUGGACAGAGGAGGAGGUGAAGGAGGAAGAAACUUUAGUGGCGGAUGGAAAAGAUACAAUUGA